CAGUGAACUGUGAAGGCUAGCUCAGGCUAGCUGGUGAGGCAGCAUUCUGAUAUGAUAUGUACGUACCGUGUUAUACAUUGCUUCUUCUACAAUAAGACAAUCAAGAUAAAGUCAUGAUGGGGAAGGAAUGGCUGUCCUGCAGAGCAGAGUCUUACAUUACGCAUGUCCAAGUCGCCAUGUAAUGCUGGCAGGUCUGCUGCUCGGCUGCUUAUAAGUUGUUUCGCUUCUUUGCAAGGACGCCAAAAUGACUUCAAAAGGACAAGCUUCUCUCAGAGGCUCGGCCCAACCUCCAAAAAAGAAACAAAGGGUCAAGGGACCUGCGGGCACUCUAAUCAUGGACCAAUUCUUCCGCCAGGUCCUGAGUGGGAAGAAGGUUCCAGAAACACUGAUCCCACCAGAUGCUGAUCAACUGGAAGAGAACAAGAAGAGCUCAGCUGGCGAAAAGCUUGCAAGGUUGUUUGAGUUAGGGAGGGUGCUAAAUUUGCAGAGCAGCGCAGGGCUUGGAAUCCCCGCAGGGGUGACGCAUGCUGACAUCAUCGCUGAGCUGGACAAGCGGCUGACAGACCACUUGGAUGCAAUGUAUGACCAGCUGCACCAUUUCGAUGUGCAGACCCUUGAUCAGCGGGACGGAACUCUGACAAUAAGGUCUGGCUUGGGCUCUCACGUGACCAAGAUGGAAUUUGUGGACAUGUUUCUGAGGACGGCAACCAACCCCACCCUCUCCAAGCAGAUGCUCCAGGAGAGGGUGAAAAAGUACGGAGAGGAUAAUAGAAUCGUUCCAGCGCCAGCGCCGACGAAAGAUAGCAGCCACUUAGCCCGCUUCAACCCUGGGUUUGAUGCAAGUGCACCAGUUGGAUCUAAGGCGGCACAGAACGUUCAUCAGGCGCGCUGUGAUGUGCUGACCAGCGAAUGCUGUCAGAUCUAUGGAACGGCUGCCAGCGGGGAUGGGAGCUUGAUAGCAAUCGCAGGUGGAGCAGGCUGGAAGGACCGCGCUCCUGCUUUGGAGAUUGCAAAGAGAAGAGGGCCUGAUGACGAACCCAAGACGUCCACCCGCGACCCAGACUUCAAGCUGGAGUAUGAAACUCCUGGUUUCUGGGAGCCAGGUCAUGCCACGUGCGUCGACAGCGAGCGAGAACUCGUGUGGAUCGCCGGCGAUAACCGCGUCAAAGCAUUCGCUAUGGAAGACGAAGCCGUCUCGUGCCAGUACACGCUGCAAACAGGAGGUCGGGUUAAAGGGCUAACCAUGGUUGGUGACCGGCUAUUUGCAUCCGUGGGGAAGGAAGUGAAGUACUGGGACGUUGGCUCGGUCGAAAAGCACGUGAAAGACGUUUCGGGCAUGCGCAUCGAGGGGAUCCUGCACGAUCCAAAAACCACGAAGGAAAAGGAAGAGAGGAUCCGGGCGAAGUACGAAGUCUGGUUCGAGUGCCACGACCUGGACGAGAACGACGCGGAAAACACCGAAGCCACGCGCGGCCACGACCCGCACGGCUCCCUCUCCCUCGGCUUCUCCGUCGAGCGUUUCCUCGCCCUUCCGGCUUCCGUUUCCGGCUUCGAGGGCGCCGCCGCGGCCACAAAAACGGACGGCUACGGAGUGUACGUGUGCGACAUGGAGCGUGCGACGAUUCGGACGCGUCUCUUCGGACACACGGGCGGCGUCGAGCAGAUGAGCGCGAGCGCAGCGCUGCCGAACCUGCUGGCGUCAGCGAGUCGGGACACGACGGUGAAGCUGUGGGAUCUGCGGACGAGGGGCGCAGUUUGUACGCUCCAGGGCUUACUCGGCUUCGUGCAAUGGGGCGUUGCGCUCGUUUCCGAAGGCGGCUAUCCGUUCUGCUUCACCGGGGGCCAGAACGAGUCCGUUCUGGCGUGGGACCUGCGGAUGCUGCGGAACCUGUACGAGCUGAGCACCGGAAACACCGCCGUCCGGUCCCUCUACUGGAACGGAACGGCCCACUCCUUGCUAGCGGUAACGGAAUGCGACUACUUCGACCGGCUCGGGAACGCGAUAGGGUACGAGGAGACGUACGAUUACAACGGGACAGACGACGAGCUUUUCGAUGACGAGGGAGAGGAAGGGGAUGAGGAAGAAGGGUACGGGCGAAACGGAGAGAAAGAAGAGCCGUAUAGGUGGCCCAAGGAAGCUGCGCACACGGCCAAGGACUUCGCCGUGACGUGGGAUGCGGGGCGACACCUUUUCAUUCAGUAUUCGUUUAAGCGACACCCGGGGCAUUGCUUGCCGGACGCGGCUAAUCAAGAGUGGGCUUAGGGUUUGCGCAGCAGUACCAUGUGGACGAUGCGGGUAUAGGUUGUGAGGUUUUGAGCUAGUGUAAAGAGUCUCAAGACUGACAUGCUCCUGACUGAAAGCAAGGACUUUUUUGCAACAGGCCCGCUCUCUCGGUAUCAUUACGCAGGAGAGACAACGUGGAAUGCCAAAGGAGUGCCUAGAAGAGCUUUACCUGUUCAAAGCUUGCUAGGUGAACCGGGCCGUCGUUCUCUUUCGCCUGCAUGACUAACCUUCCUCUUUCAAGCUCUGCGC